AUGGAAGCUGUAGAAGGGAUUGAUAAGCCUUCGGUACCACGACCGACAAAACCUCGAAAGAGGUUCGUAGGAAGUUCCAAAGCAUCUUCUUCUUCUUCAUCUUCCCGAACACCAAUUCGGAGAGUAGCGAAUCUGAUUCCUGAUGAUAUUUUGAAUGACACUCAAUUGAACGCUGCUAUUGCAGCUUUACCUGGAAACUAUAAUUUUGAAAUACAUAAAACUAUACAUCAUAUCAGAAGAGAUAAAGUAACUUCUGUAGCAUUACAAAUGCCUGAAGGACUGAUGAUGUAUGGUUGCGCAAUUGCGGAUAUCAUAGAAACAUUUACAGGAGCUUUACCGAUGUUGCUUGCCGAUGUAACGUAUGGAGCAUGCUGUAUAGACGAUUAUACAGCUAAAGAAAUGGGUGCAGAAAUGAUCGUUCAUUAUGGACACUCAUGUCUGAUACCGGUAUCUCAAACAACAUUGAAGACAUUAUAUAUCUUCGUUGAAAUAGCAAUUGAUACACCACAUUUAUCAUUAUCUGUUCGACGAAAUUUCCCAUCCGAUCGAGAGGCUUUCCAACGAUUGAUAUUAGGUGCAACUGGUGCUGAACCAGGUGCACCAGUUCCUAUAGCACUUGAAGAAGAAGACCGAGUUGCCCAGAAAAAUCAAAUAUCAAGCAGACCAUCGGAAAUAGGAGAAGGAGUAGAGGUAAAAGACGGUAAUGAGAAGAUUACUAGAUUGGCAUUAGUUUCAACUAUUCAAUUCGUAGCUUCGAUUCAACAUCUACGUGAUGAUUUAGUGAAAUCUUUACCUCCUUUAGAAGAUGACUCUAACGAGAAGGACGAAAUUGAAGAUGGAAUCAAUGGUACUUUGAUGAAAGUCAAGAAAAAUCAAAUCGGGAUUUGGAGAGGUAAAUAUGAUAUAACAAUACCUCAAGUGAAGCCUCUUUCGCCUGGUGAAGUUUUGGGCUGUACUGCACCUAAAUUGGGUGAAAUUGAUGGAUUAAUUUAUGUGGGAGACGGUCGAUUUCAUCUUGAAUCAAUCAUGAUAGCGAAUCCAACAGUACCUGCAUUCCGAUAUGACCCAUAUUCCAAGAAGUUCACCAGAGAGACAUAUGAACAUACUGAGAUGAGAGGAAUAAGAGGUGAUGCGGUUAAAGAAGCUAGGAAAGGUUUAGUGGAAAAGGGAAGUGGAAGUUGGGCCGUUUUACUGGGAACACUAGGUAGACAAGGUAGUCUAAGCGUGUUAAAAUCUGUAACGUCUAAUCUACCAGAAGAUUCAAUACCACCUUUAUUACUGUUAUUAUCAGAAUUAUCACCUGCAAAAUUAUCCUUGUUACCUCCGGAAGAAAUAUCGACUUUUAUCCAAACUUCUUGUCCUAGAUUAUCGAUUGAUUGGGGUUACGCAUUCUCGAGACCGCUUCUAAGUCCGUAUGAAGCUAGUGUAGCCUCUGGUAGGAUCAAAGGUUGGGGUGGACUGUCAUUGGAAUCGAAAGAAACUAAAGGCAAGAAAGAUAUGGGUGAAGGUGAUUAUCCAAUGGACUUUUACGCCGAUAACAGUUUAGGUCCAUGGACACCCAGACACAAAGUAAAAGCAUAG